AUGUCCAAGAAGCAUGUGACAUGUUUCUGGAUUGUACUGCUCCUGUGCCAAGAGUUACGGACUGAUCCGAUGGCAGAGAUGGGGACAUCCUCUGGCAUCCUGAUUCAGGAGACACCAGGGUUCAUCUUGACCUAGAAGAGGAUACUGACCCAAUGUGUGUUCGUCAGCUUGGACCCCAAGAUUUCCACCGAGAAGGCGUACAACAUUUCAUUGAUGCAGCUUCCUGAGUUACAAACCUGGUACCCGAUAUACCUCCAAAGAGCACAGGACCGUGUGCGAAACAUCUUGGAGCAAGCCCAGAAACCUUUUGUAUCCAGUACUAUUUUGAUGAGCAACCGACCAAAAAGGUUCCUCACCACUAUAAUUGUUGCAUUGGUUUGUGCAACUGUUGGUGCAGUUGUAGCAACUGGAAUGUCUGCAGCCAACUCUAUUUCAGUCCAAAAACUGGACAUGGAAAUCUUUGAGCUAAAGCAGCACAUUAACGAUAUUCAUCAGGUGUUAAAACAGGAAAGAAAACUUCUCCAGGACGUGUUGACGACUGUGAAAGACACAGUUGUUACAACAAAUUAG